GCGAGAAACGGCGGCUGUUAAAGGGCCUCAGCUUUCAGCAUAAAGGUUUCAGCUUGGCGGUCAUCGGGUUGGACGGACGCUGCCUUGGAAACGACAUAAAUCCAGUCCACGCGAGCAGGGACCCAGAUUUCUCCACUUCAAAGGCUUCCGCUGCUCUGCCCGCUCCGCCUCUUCUCCACCCAACCAUCCAUCCUCCCUCCGGCCCGAGCCUCCAACACGGUCGUUCCGAAAUGAAAUGCGGGGCAGGGUGAGAAGGAGAAACGGUGAGAAGCGUUUAAAUAACCGAGAGAGGAGAAGCGGAGAGGAGAAGGUGACGGGAGAGCCCGAAGCCAGGUAUAGACCAGCAUGCCGUUGGUGAAGAGGAACAUUGAGCCCCGGCACUUGUGCCGUGGAGCGCUGCCAGAUGGGGUGACUAGUGAGCUGGAGUGCGUCACCAACACUACACUGGCAGCCAUCAUCAAGCAGCUGGGCAGUCUAAGUCGUCAUGCUGAGGACAUUUUCGGGGAACUGUUUAACGAAGCCAACAGCUUCUACCUGAGGAUGAGCAGCCUGCAGGAGAGGGUGGACCAGCUGGCUGUGAAAGUCACCCAGCUCGACUCCACUGUGGAGGAAGUUUCUCUGCAGGACAUCAACAUGAGAAAGGCCUUUAAGAGCAGUACCAUUCAGGACCAGCAGGUGGUGUCGAGGACCUCUGUGCCCAACCCUGUGGUGGAGAUGUACCACCGAUGUGACAAACCUCCACCACUUAAUAUUCUCACCCCCUAUAGGGAUGACAAGAAGGACGCCCUGAAGUUUUACACCGACCCCUCCUACUUCUUCAACCUGUGGAAGGAAAAGAUGCUGCAGGCCACCGAGGACAAGCGCAAAGAGAAGAGACGACAGAAGGGCUGUCCGGCCCACCCUGACAGGCCCCACUCCAGACAGGCCCAACCCAGGAGCCCCCUGUCCAUCUCUGAGCAGCAGAAGCAGGUUGAAGACCCGAGCAGAGAAGUGAAGAAGGUGCGUAAAGCUCGUAACCGACGCCAGGAGUGGAACGUCCUGGCCUACGACAAAGAGUUCAGACCAGACGCCAGGCUCGCCCCCUCCCCUUACCACGGCAUGUCCUCUGAAGGCUCACUGUCCCCAGAUAGCAGAUCAAUGGCGUCCGACUCCUACCCAGCCAGCCCCAACCACCCCUCCACCCAGGCCUCCACCACUGCCCACCCCGCCGACCACCACACCAGGGAUCACCUCAGUGCCGCGGCCCAGACACAGUCACUGGAUCGGGGCCUGAGGCCGGCCAACCAGCCCCCGGGAGCGGGCGGGGCUGCGGCAACAGGUCGGCACGUGGCCUCCCUGGGCCGGACCCCCUCGGGACACGCCGUCCAGGCCGGAGGAGAUCCGACAGUCAACGGGCCGAGGCAGCAGUCGGUUAAGGACUACCGCGCCGCACACGGAGGGCAGCCCUCCACCAUCCCCGAGUACUACAUCCCGCCGGCCCCUCCCCCACCCCCACCAACCAUCCCUUCUGCCCAGACCGCCUUCGACUCCACCAACGCCCCGCCCUCCGCCACCUCCGCUGUCCCCCCGACCUCUUCCGCCCUCUCCCGUCCCUACUCACCCUCUCCUCCUCCUCCCCCGGCCAACUACGUGCCCUCUCCCUCCCACCCGCCUUCAGGCGCACCCCCGGCCGCCCCUCCUCCUCCUCCUCCCGGAGCCCCCGCGGGCCACCAGGCCCACCCGUCACCCCCACACGCCGCUAUCGGUCAGUCAGCUGUGGACGCGGCACCCUCGACGAGGAAGUCCACCAUGCUGGGGAUGAUCCCCAUGAGCGACGCCCGCUCCGACCUGCUGGCGGCCAUACGUAGAGGUAUCCAGCUGAGGAAGGUGCAGGAGCAGAGGGAGCAGGAGGCGAAGAGGGAGCCCGUUGGCAACGACGUGGCCACGAUCCUGUCGCGUCGUAUCGCAGUGGAGUACAGCGAGUCCGACGACGACUCCGAGCUCGACGAGAACGAGUGGUCCGACUAAAAGGAAAAAAAACGAUAGAGAGAUGAAGCGGGGAGAGUUAAAGGGGGAGAAAUGUGACGCUAAGUUGCAACUUAAGGGGUUUGGUUAGUUUUAAUGUUCAUCAUCAACUAAAAAAGUCUGAUUAAAAAAGAAUAUCAGUCAUACAUUUCUCACACACCUGUCUGUGAACUUAAACCAGAGAGGUUUUUGUGUCCGGCCACCCAGGGUGUAUGGCACAAUAACCACACACACUGUUUCAGCCCCACAUCUGCUUAUUUUUAACCUUUAACAACACUCAGUACGCAGCAGCUCCCCCUCCCCUACACGCUCUAUUAGCAAUAUUACAGGCUCUGUAUGUAGGUGGGCCCCUGGUGAGUAUGGGGGCGACGUGUUUACAAAACACAAGGUAUAUAGCACAAGACUAACUAAUUAUAGUGCAAUCUUAACUCCUCUGCCAAAUGUUGAGAAAGGAUUUAUGGAAACGAGUAAGGAUAAUCAGGGAAAAAAAGAAAAAUAGCUUAUUAGCAGAUAACUCGCUAGCUUUCUGGGUCAUGCCUGUUUACGAAACACGCACACCCUCCUUUGGAGACACUGACCUUUUGGGAGUUUGGCUCAUCUGAACCAGCGUGAGACAGCAGGAGGAACAUUAUCUCUGUGUAGUGAGCUGUCAUGCAUGCUAACAGGAAGUGGCUAAUGUAGCUGUAGCUAAUGGGAGAUAAAAGUGCUCUGUGGAGGUAUGUACAACUGGAGACGCUCGUCUGGAGAGCUCCGUUAGUUUAUGCUUCAGUCACAUUGGCACUCAACAACCCUGCUUUUAUAUAGGAAUAUAACCAGUAUGCAACCAGCUGAGUUGAGUCUAUUGCAAAGAGACGCGUUAUAGACGAGUUGUGCUCUCUGGUACAGACUUACUGAGAUGGAGUCCAACAUCCUGACAGUGCUGACACCUCUGUGUUUAGAAAGUAGAGGACAGUGAUUUGCAAACCUUUGCCAGUCAGUCUGAGAGUCGAGUGUUUGAGUCAGUCUGCAUUUGUUUAGAGACCGAUUGCCUCCCACCAGGCGACCUGUGCAGUCGAGAUGAAACCCCAGAAGGAUGACGGUGCUGCAUUUUGAAGCUCUGGGUGACCAGUUAGUUGCUGCGUCUACUUGAAGUCUGUUGCUGGGCGCAAAAAAAUUCAGUGAAAUUACCAGGUAACCACCUUUUUUUUCUUAGAAGGUUUUUACUCCAGUGUGACUGAGCCAUUAGCAUACUAAGGAAAAACGAAUGGGGUUGGAUUAAGUUACAAAGGAUGUAUGAAAUUACAUUUUGAAGAAAGCAUUUCAAAGCUACACAGCAAUAAACAAGUGCUGGUUAGCUGUUGGACAUACAUGCUGUACACUCUAUGAGAUUUGGGCCUACCGUUAAUUAGUGAGGUCUCGACAAUAAAGCCUAGAGUCUUUAGGUAAUUAGCAUAUCCUGGAGAGCCCUCCUUCCUGACUGUCACAAUGAUACAGGGAGAAUGUGCAACAUCCACACAUAAAGUCUAAAGUUGCAGAAGAAGAGCGAUGAUGGGGUUUCCCUUAGAUUCAUGUACAACUCGAGGUCUCCCCCUGCUGGUUGGUAGAAAGACUCCAGCUUUCAUGUUGGCUUCACUUUUCAGACGGUUAGCUGGGGCCAUCUUUUAUAUACAGAUUAUAUGGUGUGAUAUCGCUACAGUUGUGACAUGUAAACAAACCUCUACCAUCUUAAAACUGUUAUAAAUUUGGGGUAAAAAAAAGUCCCAGUGUUAUUGGGCCGAUGAGCAGAUAAUCCUAUUCUUUAAGCCAGAUAAUAUGCAUUAAUAUUUUUUAAAAUCUAUGUAUUUGAGCCCUCUGGAAAAUGUUCCCCGACAUGAUUAUACAUCUUUUUUAAAGAGGUCCUAAUCAGAAUAUCAAAACAAACACACGAUCAGCAGCAUUUGAAAUGCUCAGAGUAAUAUUUUAUCUCACAGGUGUGUUUAUGAGCUCACAGUACGCUGGCGUUAGCUUACAGGCAGAAACUACACAGAGAAAUGUGGAAGCUGGCUCUCCAUGUUUUGGUUAUAAAAGUGAUUAGAAAGCCAAACUCUCAAAAACAAAAAAGGGGUGUGGUCAGUGCGCUUCUUAAACUCAUACCUUCUAACAUUAGAAUAGUGUGAUGAAACUGUGAUAAAAGACUCCACCCACCCAGGAUGAAGCUGGUGUGGGAAAACAAGCGCCAGCAGCCUCGUUCGAUUUUCCCUCUCAUUGAAUACUUGACCCCCCAUCUGCCCAGUCUGAACAGUGACUAUCACUGUUCAGACUGGGCAGUGGUAUUUUUCGCAUUCGUUCAUAAAGUGAAGCCUGACAUUUCAGCCAGUGACUGUGUGCUGUGCUCUUGGUCUUAUUAUAAACACUUCCACACUUAAACCACAGCUGGAGCAGCUCUCACAAAGCCCAAGGGUCAAAGGUCAUGUCCACUCCUUCACUCGACCCUGGGUCAGCACUGCUGUCUGUGGAGGCUUUGUGAAUGCAGCCCCUGGACUAUAAAUACAUAAGUGUAAGAGGCUCGCGGCAGUAAUCUACAGUAUAUUCUCUCUUCUCUCUUUUCGGUAUAGGUUUGGCUAAUCCUCGGUAUGAGCUGGUUGGACUGUAGUGUUUUAUAAUGUGCUUUUUCUUUUUUCAAACGUGCUGCAGUGAGUUGUUCACUUUGAUUUAUUUUAGGGUUUUCUGACUGUCCAGACCAGGAUGAAGGUACCAGAUAAAACAGGUAUAUCACAGAAGCCACGUAAAGGGUGAUUUUUUGUUAUUAUUGUUACCAGAUUAACCUUUAAACAUUAUCCUGCAAAGACAAAUUUUAAUAUUUGUUUUAGUUUUCUUUUCAGAUGAUUGAUUUCUUUUUUGUUUUUAAUGCUGCAACCUUUAAUUGCAAAGCAUUGUGGGAAGUGGAGUUCUACUCCUCCAUGUGCUAGAAUUGUGGCAGAGAUAUUAACCCAACAGCGUUUCAGUUGGUUUUUAAUUUGUCUAUGUUAGGAAAACGUGCGCUCUGAACAGUUUCUGAUAUUCAACGGUCCCACCUAACCAAAAAAAGUACAAGUGUACGUGUGGAAGAUUACAUUAAAAGGUUUGCUCUACAACUUUUACGUUUAGUUGAAAAGUUAAAGGUGAAAAUCGUUUUUUCAGGCUGUUAAGAAGGAAACUGAUUCAUGAUUCGAGGUGGCUAACCGUGGAUUCAUGGUUAGAAUUCAGCUGUAUGGUGCAAAAGUCUUGAGUCAUCUCAUUUUUUAAAUAUUUUGCCUUCAGACAACCACGCUUUCUUGUAAAUUUUGAGUAAUAGUUCUCCAGACUUUCUGAAGGUCUUUCACAAUUUUCAGUUCAGUCCUUGUACCUGAGCAGAGACUUAACACUGACCUAUGAAUUAUUCAAGGAUGACUUAACAAAUAACUCACUUUAAAUUGUAUCUUUAGGUACUUUGUAACUAGCAUCCUUUUGCAAAAAUCACAUUGGUUUUAAUUUUUCUAGCUGAAUCUAGAAAAAUGCCAAAGAUAAAACAGUUUGACAGACAAAUAGUAUUUUUGUCUGAAAGUCAGAAAUAAGAAAAAAAUCCAACAAAGACCAGACACAGGACCUGAGAGCUUCAGAUGAUCCCUCUACUGUUCACUGAUGCCUCAUCAGAAAUGGUCUCAGUGGAAGGAUGAAAAACACACUCAAUGAAACACUAUCAUUCAUGAAUUGGCCUUCUCAGAGCCCAGACCUCAAUAUUGUUGAAUUCAUCUAAAGAUAGCCAACAUCCAAAGAAGAGCUUUGUCCCUAAAGAAGCCUGGAGAACAACUCCUACUUAAAGAAAUUACAAGAAGUCUUGUCUAAGAGUUCAGACUGUGCUGAAGAAUAAAGGUGGUCACACCAAAUAUUGACUUUCAAGUCUGUUACAAUUAUACAAACUCUGUUUUUUCCUUAUAUGCUGUAUUUACAUGUAUGUUUGCAUGAAACUAAGGUACUGCACCUACUUCCAAAAUGCAAAACGAUGAGGGAUGGAUCAGGACUUUUGCACAAUACUGUAGUAGCCUGAAAAUAUGACAGUUUUGACUAGCCAGUCAUAUUUAGCUCAGAAAAAGGGGGAAAAAACAUCAGCGGACAUGUGGUGCUUGGUGGGACUCCACAUUUGCCUAAAUUGUACAUUAGCCAUGUUUUCUUUAAUUGUACAAUCACUAACUUCAGUGUCUAAUUACUGUUGUACAUGUAAAGUGUUCAGCAGCAUUCGGCCUAAUUUCGUUCUCCAUAUCUACAGCUGUAAUAAUCUAAUUCAGUACCUGAGACUGUUCAGACUGCUCAGUACUUUCACCUUUACCUGUGCAGGUUUAUUCCCAAUAACGACAGGAUUCUGAAAAAGGGACAGGGCUCAAAAGUAGCUUUAAUUUUUUUGUUCUUGUAUAUAAACUCAAUUAACUCAACAACUGCACUCUGCUGGAGAUUCACAACCGGACUAAAGAGCGGACAAUGAGUGGACAGGUUCUUGGUUUUCUCCCUGAAUGUUUAGAAUAAGAUUUAAGGAUUUGUGCCAAGGCCUGCGUUUAUAGACAUUAUUACUGAAGCAAAAAAGCACAUAUGAAGAGAUAUAGAGUGGAUUUGCAACAGACCUGGCCAAUAUUUACCUAGAAUUAAAAAAAAAAAAAAGGUUGUAUCGUAACGGAGGAUGCAAAAAUCUAGAGAAAAGUGUGCGCCAGGUCUGAUUGUUCUGAUUGUUUAUUCUAUGGUCGUGUUGUUGUGCUGGAGCCAUAGAUAUACUCAGUCAUGAAAUUUGCCCGGAGUAGCUCGUGACCCUGCAGCGUUUAAGAAUGUAAAGCUGUGACUUUGACGAUUUUGCUACUUCCCGUAUUCUUUGAUGUGCUGACAGCUUUUCCGGUCCCGGCAACAAAAGCUGAGACCUCGCAUAUCAAGCGUACCUUGUGUAUCUAUGGCUACUGGCUUCUAAGAAAACUUUGUUAUGUGUUGAAAAUGUGAGAAACGAACUAUGUUGUAUAGACUUUUUUUGGUAAGGCAGCCUGUAAAGUAAAAUUGGGGUAAUAUAACCUAGACAAUGAAACUAAAUGAAACUGUGUACUGCACACUAAAAUCAACUGUAAGCAAGUAUGCAUGUAACUAUAGCUAAUAAAUGGUGAACAAAACUGUG